GAUGGCCCCUCGGCCCACGCCGUUUCCCCCCAGCCCCCCAGCCAGGCCCCCCUGGAUGGUCCCACAACUGCCGCCACGGCCCCCCAGGACAGGGGCGCUUUCCAGGCUGAGAACGAGCAGUUGUUUGCCGACUUCCUAGCCUGCUGUUCCCAGCUGACGGAGGAGCACCCCGAGGUGGUCCCCUACCUGACGGGUCGGCACCAGAAGGCCAGUCCCGCAUUCCUGGGCUCAGCUGAAUUCCGCAAUGUGCUGAGCCGCUGCCUGACACGCGUGCAGGCCCGGCACCACAAGGUGUAUGUCUACAUUAAUGAAGUAUGCACUGUGCUCAAGGCCAACACCCAGCGCCGUAAGCUGGCCAUCAGUGCUGUCCCCGCUCCUUGCCCACCCCCUGCCACGAAUCAGGAGCAGAACAACAUUGAGGAGCAUGAGACAGUGGACACUGAGGCGGGCAGGAGCGAGUUGGCAGCCAUGGAGGCAGAGGUUGGGGCAGGGCGGCAUGGGACAGGCUCCAAGCGGCAGAUCCGGUACCUGGAGAACCUGCUGCACAUCUACAUGGGGGAGAUCCGCCGGCUACAGGAGCGGGAGCUGGACCUGACGGAGAUGGACAGCGAGGACUCAACCUACCUGCAGGAGAGCCGGCUCAAGCGCCGCAUGAUGCGAAUCUUUGAGCGCCUGUGCGAGCUGAAGCAGUGCAGCAGCCUGACCGGGCGCGUCAUUGAGCAGCGCAUCCCCUACCGUGGCACCCGCUACCCAGAGGUCAACCGCCGCAUCGAGCGCUUCAUCAACCGUCCUGACAUCUUCCCUGACUACUCUGACAUCCUCAAGGUCAUUCAGAAGGCCAGUGCCCGCCAUGGCCUAGCCCUGAAGAAGCGUCAAAUAGAGAGCAUGGCCCAGGAUGCCUUUCGGGAUGUCGGCAACCGGCUCCAGGAGCGCCGCCACCUCGACCUCAUCUACAACUUUGGCAGCCAUCUCACCGACCAUUACCGCCCUGGCACAGAUCCUGCGCUGACGGACCCAAUGCUGGCCCGGCGUCUGCGGGAGAACCAGACCACAGCUCUGAAUCGGCUGGAGAGCGUCAUCUCGCACUACGCCCAGCUGCAGGAUGAGAGCGAGGAGGAAGAAAGGAUCCGUAGACGGGCAGGGCAGGUCCGGGGCACCCCUGGCCCUUGCCCCCCAGCACAGCCUGACCUGGGGGAUGGGGACCCCAGUGCAGAGGCCAGCAGGAGUCCAGUGGCUGGGAGCAGUAUGGCAUCGCGAGCAGAGGAGGUGGAGGAAGAAGAGGAGGAGGAGGAAGACUCUGAGAGAGAAGAGGCCUUGAGCACAGACGCAGAGGGGGAACCGCAGCAGAGCCUGGCUGGGGAGGCAGCGGAAGGGGUAGCAGAUGCUCUAGCGAAGGAGGAGGCUGCAGUUGGCGAUGCCACAGAGGAUGACCAGUGCAUGAAGCUGAGUGAAGAGCUGCUGCCAUCCUUGUCAGGCAUGGAAGAUCGCACAUUUCAGGAGAUAGAACAUGAAGGGGAGGAAGAGAAGCUUGCGGCCCCUACGACGAGCAAGGGACGCCUCCAGCCAUGCAAGGACCCAGAGCCUGAGCCAGGUGGCACUGAGGAAGCAGAAGCAGAGGGCUCUAGCCCCAGCCCUGCGCACGAGAUGUUUGUGCUGGAGAUUGAAGCACUGCCCCUGGAGUCCAGCGAGACGCCACCCCCCUCUCCCCAAGGCACGGGGGGCUCUGAAGCCACCCCCAAGGCUGCCCCUCCCCCCCCUGCCCCCUCUGAGGCCACCGCCAUGAGCCCUCCCUCCCCCGAGGCAGUCUCCUCUCGGACUGACCUGGGCAUCUGCCCCGUGGAGCCAGCCACAGUGGCCAAGGAGCUGGAAGGGGCAGAUCAUGAGCUCCGGACUCAGCUGCCUGCUAAGAGGCAGCGGCCGCCCACCCCUGAGUGGCCCCGGGCCCCCUGGCCCCUGGAGAACGGGGCGCGAAGCCCCAUCAGUUCCACCAGCUCCAAUGGCAGCACUGGGCCCCCGGCCCACAAGCGGGGGCGCCACAAGCUGGCUCUCAACAGGAGCAGCUGCAUCGAGGUUCACAGUGUGGGCUCAGAGGAGGAAGAUGAGGGCUCAGGGCUGUGCCCCACCCGCCAGAGCCCCCUGCCCGACUCCACGCGCUGCGACUCCCCCUUCCAGAGCCUAGUCAGCAGCUCCCAGAGCAGCCCGCAGCCAUGGGGGCACCGGCAACUCCUGGCCAAGGCCUGCAAGACCAGCGUGGCAACCCAGUGUGACCCGGAGGAGAUCAUCGUCCUGUCUGACUCAGACUAGACCCGGGACCGGGGGGAGGGGCAGGGGGCGGGGGACCACUGGCCCCUCCCCCAUUGGUGUUUGUACAAAAAACAAAAAUAAAAAGAUUACAAAAAAAA